AAAUCGGAGCUUAAACCUUAAACCCCAAAUGGCGUUCGGUAUCCCAAGUCCUAAUCAAAGACACUUUCUCGUUUACCUCCGUUGAGCGAUGCAGAGAUUCUGCACGAAGCUCCGUUCCUUGGCUGCACAAUCAAGCCAAACGCUCCCUUCCCUCUACGCCUCGCGUCGCCUCGUCCAUUUCUCGUCUCCUGGGAUCCACUUCAGUUCGAGCAAAUGGAGCUUUAGGUCACUUCUCACCAAUGCUGCUUCUCCUCCCCAUCGCUACCCUUCAGUUGCUCUUGGAUCCUUCGGCACGUCUCCGUUGUCUCCUUCUUUGGUCCAAGUCAGGCAUGUUUCAUCAAGAGAGAGAGCAAAGAGGAGGAAGCCAAUGACACCUCGAACAUCAAAGCUUAAGAAAAUUAAGAUGAAGUCUUAUUCGUCCUAUAAAGACAGAUUUAGAACAAUGAGUGAUGGGCAGAUUCGUCGCUGGAGGGAGGGCAAAAACCAUAAUGCACACUUGAAGUUGCAUUUUCGUUUAAGCAGUCUGGAGUAGUUGUCAAGUUUGCAAUAGGUCACAAUAGAUUUGUGUAUGCCUAGAAAAUUUGAUGGUGGGAUGGUAUGGUAUGUCUAGUCCAUGAACUGGUUUUUUACUGCAUUAUGUUAAGGAACAGUAUCAUUUGGAUUUUCUGGAGGGCAUUCAGUGUAGUUGGUUUCUGAAUUUGAGGGCAGUUACUUUGCAGGUAUAUUGGGUAUUAAAUUUUCAGUUACAGUUUUACAGACUUACCUAUUGUAUUCUCCAGGGAUAUACUCAAGCGUUUUUUUGAAUUAGAACCAUUGGGGUGUUACAGAUUAGUAAAUGAACCUUUAUGAG